AUGAGGGGAGCAGUUCACAGUCAUUUAGAGGAGAGUAUUCGUCCAUAUAUAGAUCUAAUUGACACUCUGCGGUCAGCUGGGAUUCAUAAGGACUUAGCAUUACCGACAAUCAUAGUAAUCGGAGACCAGAGUUCUGGGAAAAGCUCUGUGCUGGAAGCACUGUCUGGAGUUCCAUUACCAAGAGGGAGUGGAAUUGUAACCAGAUGUCCACUAGAGCUGAGGCUGAAGAAGGUAAACGUUGGAGUCAACUGGAGGGCUGUUCUGUCUUACAGCGAUAAAAAAUUUGAACUUGAGGAUUCAUCAUUACUUGAAAACCAUGUACUUGCAGUCCAGAAUGAGCUGGCAGGAAAAGGGGUAGGAAUACGUGAUGACCUCAUCACAUUAGAGGUCAUGUCACCAGAUGUGUGUGACCUCACACUGAUUGAUCUACCUGGAAUUGCCCGAAUCCCAGUAAAUGGACAACCACAAGAUAUUGGAAACCAGAUAAAACGUCUGAUCAGGAAAUAUAAUGAGAAGCAAGAGACUAUAAACAUGGUAGUGUGCCCAUGCAACACUGACAUUGCAACAACAGAAGCAUUAAAAAUGGCUCAAGAAGUAGAUCCUGAUGGCAAAAGAACUAUUGCCAUUUUGACCAAGCCAGACCUCAUAGAUAGAGGAACAGAAAUGAGACUUCUGAACAUUGUCCACAACAAAGUGAUUCCUCUCCGCAAAGGUUACAUCAUGGUGAAGUGUAGAGGACAACAACAGAUUGAUGAUAACAUUUCUCUAGAGGAGGCAGCACAAAUGGAGAGAGAUUUCUUCCAAACCCAUGAACAUUUCAGAUUCCUCUUGGAAGAGGAAAAAGCAACUAUUAGAAGUCUUGCUGUCAAACUGUCUCAUCAUCUGGUCUGUCACAUCAAAAAAUUACUGCCACAGCUCAACGAACAGAUAAAAAAGAAGUUGUGGGAUCUGAGGAAUGAGCUAAAGGAGUGUGAGGCUGGACCACCACAAGACCCUAAGGGAGUCAAACAAUUCCUCAUUAAAACCUUAACAAGAUUCAAUGACCAAAUCAAAUACUUAUCAUUAGGGGAGGAGAUUACUGAAGAUAAUUUGUUUGUCCAACUUCGGGAGGAAUUCAGAAAGUGGAAUGAUCAUCUUAACAGUACAAAGACAUUCGGUAAUGAUAACGUUGCAGAAAUAAGUCAGUUAAGUCAAAAAUUCAGAGGGAGGGAGCUGCUCGGCUUUAGCAACUACAGAAUGUUUGAGAACGUACUGCAGGAGCAUGUGGCCACACUUAAAGCACCUGCCAUUAAAUUACUCAAAGUAAUCAAAGGUAUCGUCACACAUAAAUUCAAUUAUGUGGUUAAUCAGUGUUUCCAGAACUACCCUGUUCUUCAAAACAUCACUUUGAAUAAAAUUGAUAACAUACAGUCAAGCCAACAGACCAAGGCAGAGGAGAGGAUCUCAGAGCAGUUUGAAAUGGAAGGCAUGAUUUACACUCAAGAUCCCAUCUACUUGAAGUUCUUGAAUGAGAUUAGAAAUGAGACAUUUUCAGAAGAUCAGUUACCUGUCCUUGACAAUAAAAGAAAGUACAGUGAAAUGCUUCAGGCAUAUUAUGAGAUUGUGGUGCAGCGGAUGUCUGACCAACUCCCCAUGAUGAUCUACUUUUUCAUGCUGAAGGAAACUGCUCAGCUCCUGUCUAUGGAUAUGUUAGGUUUACUGGACGGAGCAAAUGUAAGCGAGCUCCUGUUUGAGAACUCUGAUGUUGGUAGAAGACGCAGAGAACUACAGACUAGCCUGGACCGUUUGACUGCUGCUCAGGAAGCACUUAGUGAGUUUAUUUGAGGGAUCAUCUGACUAGUAGUAUUACCUAAAAAUGCAUGACAUUAAUCUAUAAAACUAUCUUCAGCAUAUGAAUAGAAAGCAUUAUUUAAACGUCCAUAUUUCACUUUUUCAUAUUGUUACUACACACUAAAAAAAUGCUUGGUUGUUUCAACCCAACUUUGGGUCAAAUAUUGACUAACCCAACUUUAGGGUUAAAAAUGAUAGGCUACUAUCUGAAAAUAUUUGAUGUAUCUGAUAAUGAUAAUCUAUAGAAUGUAGUGUUGUCACAAUACCAACAUUUUGACUUCAAUAUGAAACAUAACUAAAAUAUAUUGAUACUACUACUACUGAACCAAUACCAUGACAAAAAUUAAUAAAAAAAAAAAGAAAAGAACUAAACUGUCGAUGACUUAAAGCAGUGCUGCGCGGAUAUGAUAUAUAUUUUGGUACAGCCAGCAUGCAGGGAGCUGAAGCAGAGCGCUGAACAAACACUGUCCUGCUGUCGCAUGUCGACGCAACGCAGGAAAUUCAACUUUUAUUAAAACGCUUACUCUUAAAGAGCAGGUCAUAUGGUAAUUUAAAAUUGUCCUUAUAUUGUGUUGGAGUCCCCUGCAACAGGUUUAAUUGCAUCUAAGGUCAGAAAACAUUGCAAUUUUCUCAGAAUAUACAUUUAAAAUUAGAAUAAUUUUUCAAUGAUUUUGAAAUGAUUUGUUUUAAGCAGUUCUGAGAACUGUAAACUUCUCCCUUCCAUAAGCCUACUCUGCUCUGAUUUGUCAGCUGACCAAGUCUGUUGUGAUUGGUUUUUUGGUAUAUUGUACAAUAUGUGUUGGAAACGAAAUGCUCAUUAUCAUAAUUUUUAUUUAAAUUUUUUUGCUCCGGGGGAUUACUUGUAAACAAAGAUGCUAUAAGCUUACAAAAAUUACAUUGAUAUUACCUUAGCCCGAGUCUGAGGAUGAUACCGAUGCAGUCGCUCAACCAGAAACUCCAUCGCAAGCAGGACUUGAUCAUGAUGUUUCUAAGUGGUAAGUUUAAACUUUGUAUGUGGUACUUUACUUGAUGUGACAGCAGUUUUAUUGCAUUCCUUAUUAUUAUUAAUUACUUAUUCGAGGUGGGAACUGUAUUAUGGUGCUUUUCCACUGCAUGGUAUGGCUCGACUUAGUUUGCGUUUCCACUGCAGUAUAGUACCGCUUUAGAGUGGGUGGGAUUAUAGACAUCUCGUUAUAGUUGCAUCGCCUCUAAUGCCGCGACCUCCUGAAAAACUUUUUCAUUCCGCAGCAUCCCAUCAAGCUCUUGCUGGAUCCGCUCCUCAGCUAUCAAUGAGAGGAACGUCCAUACUUCCUCAACAUACCAUUAAUUUGUUGUUUACGAGAAGGUGAG